AUGCAUAUAGUUUGUUACUUUUGUCAUUAUUUGAAAUUAUUUCUAUUAUUAUUUAGAGAGCGACCAAUGCGAUGCUAUCAAUGUAAUUCAGCUGACGAUUUAGAUUGUGACUCUAGUGAUGAAAAAGCUCUGAAGCCUUACAUAAAAUUAUGUCCACUACUACAAGAAGGAACUUAUGCAGGUCAUGAACCUGUCGCUUGUCGUAAAAUUAUUCAGAAUGUGGAAGAUUUGCCAACACAGAUAAUCAGGGAAUGUGCGUAUACGGGUGACAAAAAUCUCGAUGGAGUUCGUAAACAGGGUAGUAAAGCUAUCAAAUUCUUGUACUAUCAGUGUGAAAAUGAAGACGGAGUAAGCUAGCU